AUGAGGCUUUUUGUUUGUCUGUUUUUGGUCGUUUAAGUUCUGUCAAUGGUUCUCUCUCCAGCAUCCGUCACAAUCAGAGGUGAGGACAAGGCCGAGUGACCGAGCUGCCUGCGCGCUCUGGCAUCGGGAAGUCCGGCAGGGAUCAGCUACCUACGUUAACAUUUCAUUACGGGGGCCUCAAAUUGCAACCGCAGUGUUCUCUGCUGUGCUGGCAGCCGCACUUGGAAGAACGUGCAGCGUUAAUUGCAUGAUUGGUAAUUGCCAAACAAAUCGCAGUAAAUUACACCAAGGCCAGAAAAAAGCCGGAGACAUGAUGAUGAUGAGCACGGUACAGAGUGUCAUCGUUCGGCUCCUGUCACCCCUGUGGAGGGCCACGGAAGAGGACCAGGAUGCCGCGUUUUAUGGGGCAGCUCCAGAAACUGUCCGUGACGUGCGGGAGGGUGUGGUGACACAGCUAUUACAGGACUACGGGCUGAUCGACGAAACGGUGUACUUCACUGACGCGCAGGUGCUGGGGGGCUGUCCCCUACACGUGGGCGACCAUGUCAGCGCCAUCGCCGUCAGGGAUGGAGCCCACGGCGGCUGGAGGGCGCUUAGGGUAGAGCGGUUGACCAGUACCUGGGAGGAUGAGGGUGGUGCUGGCCUUCAGCCAGAAAAUGGCGGGCUCAAGCAUCUGAUUGGCACUGUCACGUCAUGUGACCAGGAUGGAGGCUUCAUAAACCAGAACACCUUCUUUCCACGACAGGCACUGUGUCAAGGUUAUAAGCCCAUGAAGGGGGACUGGGUUCAAGCGCAGUAUUUCAUCAGCGCCACCCAAUGGAGCAGCCAGGCUUGUUCAGUCGGGCCGCUACGGUACCGCCGCAUGGACCAGGUGCACGUCACGAGCAUGUGCGGAGGCAGUGGCGUGGUGGCGGACAGCGUGUUCUUCAGCGCGGACUCCUUGCUCCUCCCGUCGCAGUACGCCCCCCAGCUCGGUGACCUGGUCAAUGUGGUGGUCUUGGAGAGUAGCCAGUCCUUCUACUGUUGGAGAGCGCUGUGCAUGGCUCCUGUGCACUACAGCCCAGACCUGGGGAGGUCUGUCUCUGACAUGGACAUUCAAGGCCUCCUGGAGAACAAGGGUGGACUUCUGGUUGAUGAGGUUCAGUUCGGGUCCCUUCCUCUAGGGGGUGCUCAGGAGCUGCUGGUCUAUAUAGAGAAUCGGGGCACGGAAGUGCACACACUCUGCCGCUGUGAGUUAGCAGGCUGGGACCCCCAGGAACAGUUCACCCUGGGGCCCGUCGCGCCCAGUAUCUCCAGCUCUGGAAAAGCAACUAAGCAGAGAGCCUCCAUGAUCCAGGCUGUCUACAUGGGCAUCCCGUUUGGGUCACGCAUGAUGGGCCUACACUUCUCGAUAAUGGGAUCUGUGGGAGACUCAAUCCCUGAAGCGGAUGAGGAUGGUGUGGGAGAAGGAGGGGCAAAGGAGGCUUCAAUAAGGGAGAAGCAGGAAGACCUAGAGAUCAGUCCAGGUGCGAAGGUGUCCAUCACGGUGAGCUGCAGGGCCAGGAACCUUGGCCGCUGCUCUGAGCUGCUGCUGCUGCACUUCCCCGCCUUCACCAUCGGGAGGUGCCUAGACAUUACUGUGAGCGGUGGGUUGGAGACCCUCUUGCAGCCCGCUGCCCCCUACUGCCCACCGACUUCUUCGCUUGCCAGGAAGACAGACACGCAGGUGGUCACGGUCCAAGCAGAUCCACCUGCCCGGCUCUCCAGGCGGCGCCUGCCCAACUUCCUGGGGAGCUACCCUGUGCCCAAGGCCCUGCGGGACUGCCUGGAGGCCAAGGGGGAUGUGCUGCUGGUGCAGCCCCUCUUGGCGGAGCCGCUGUCCCCGGCUUCCUUGCAGCCGAGCUUCUCUACACUCCUAUGGUUGGAAGAGCUACAGGCUGAGCACGAGCUGCAGGUGUUCAGCCUCACCGGCGCCCUCCUCAGGCGAGGCACGGCACACCUGCACCUGGAGGUGCCUGGUAUCGCAGAGGGCCGCCCCAGCGUCUUCGUCGGUGACAAAGUUCUCCUGAAAAAACCGCUGAGCGGCGGCAUCGUGGUGGAGUAUGUGGCCUAUGUCAUCGAGAUCAAGCAGGAGGACCUGACCCUGCGAGUGAAUAGUGAGUUUCAUCACAGCUACAUGGGAGAGCCUCUGGAUGUGGAGUUCACCUUCAACAGGCUGACCAUGCGGAGGUGUCACUGCGCCAUUGACCAGGCCCAGUUUUUUGAGAAGAACGUGCUCUUCCCCAGCACCCUGAGCCUGCAGCCUCCUCGCUGCGUUGGCCCUUGGGACCAGGAGCUGACCGGAGAGCCCGAUGGAGCCCAGGAGAUGAAUGACGUUUCCAAGACGGGUUGGAGCGUGCAGAGUCUGUGCGUUGACAUGGUGUCCGUGGCGACGCAGACAAAAACAGAUUCCAGCGUGCAGCACACAGAGGCCCCCAACCCGGGCUGCUUCUUCAACCCGGACCUGAACCCGGCCCAGAGGGAGGCGGUGAAGCGCAUACUGGCCGCAGAGUGCCGACCCAUCCCUUACAUCUUGUUUGGGCCCCCCGGGACAGGCAAGACUGUCACCCUGGUGGAGGCCAUCCUGCAGGUGCACCACCGACUCCCCGGCAGCCGCGUGUUGGUGUGCACGCCCUCCAACACGGCCGCUGACCUCAUCUGCCUGCGCCUGCACAACAGCGGCUUCCUGCAUAUGGGCAGUCUAGUGCGCGUCAACGCCACCUGUAGGCAGGAGGAGUCCACCCCUGAGGUUCUGUGGCAGUACUGCAGGGCGGGAGAGGACAUCAGACAAGCCUCCUUCCACCGCAUUGUAGUUAGCACCUGCUCCAGUGCUGGAAUGUUCUACCAGAUCAACCUCCACGUGGGUCACUUCACGCACAUGUUCAUCGACGAGGCGGGUCAGGCCACGGAACCAGAGACCCUGAUCCCCUUGGGCCUGCUGUCCGAGAGUGAAGGCCAGAUAGUCCUGGCGGGUGAUCCCCACCAGCUGGGCCCGGUGGUGAAGUCCCAGCAGGCCGAUACCUUUGGACUGGGCGUGUCCCUGCUACAGAGGCUCAUGAAGAGAUCGCUGUACUCGCGGGGCAAGAAUGGCUACAACCCCCUGCUGGUGACCAAGCUGGUGUAUAACUACCGCUCCCAUGAAGCCCUCCUGGCUCUGCCCUCCAGACUCUUUUACAGUGGGGAGCUAGCUGCGAGGGCGGACCGUGCAGUGGUGGAUGCCCUGAGCAACUGGGGCCACCUGCCCACUAAGGGCUUUCCCAUCAUCUUCCACGGGCUGCGGGGCAAGGAGAUGAGAGAAGGCAGCAACCCAUCCUGGUUCAACCCCACAGAGGCCGUGCAGGUCAUGUUCUACUGCUGUCAGCUGGCCAAGUCACUGUACAAGCCUGUCGCAGCUGCGGACAUCGGGAUCAUCACCCCGUACAAGAAGCAGGUGGAAACCAUCCGUACGCUGCUGCACAGGGUGGGCCUGGCAGACGUCAAGGUGGGCUCUGUGGAGCAGUUCCAAGGACAGGAGUCACUGGUGGUGAUCCUGUCCACGGUGCGCUGCAACGAGGCCCUCGUCGCGGAGGACGUGCACAGCGUGCUGGGCUUUCUGUCUAAUCCCAAGCGCUUCAAUGUGGCCAUCACACGUGCGAAGGCCCUGCUCAUUAUCGUGGGCAACCCGCACGUGCUCAUUAAGGACCCCUGCUUCUGUGCCCUGCUGCAGUACUGCCGCAACAACGGAGCCUUCCUGGGAUGUGACCCCCCCCCCUGCCUUAGGCUCUCUCAGAGGACUGCAGCAGGGAAGCCCCCCCCCCAGGAGGAGAGCCGAGCCAAGCUUUUUAACACUGUCACCUGCGCAAAAUAAUCUGUCACAUGACCCCCAUUUCAUUCACUUGGAAAAAAAAAUAAUAAAAAAAUGCUUGAAGUUGAAUAAAUUGAAUAAAUGAUGGUAGGGUGGUGGUCUGGGCCUCGGAGAGUGUGGCGUAACUGUGGGUGUAGCUGUAGGAGCUUGUUUUCCGUUGGGUGCAAUUAAAUUUUCACGCUGCCACAA